AUCCUUUCAAGUACUAACCUGUUGUAUACAGUCUACGAUACCGACACACUAAUCCCUAGCGUUGAUUAAACACGCAGAUAGCGACCUUUCUCGAAAAAAAGACUUUUUCGUGACUGAACGCUACCUGUAACGUUAUGUGUGACGUGUAAUGUUACCUAACUUAACGUAACGUUACAGUCCUGGAGGUCCUUCUCUUCCCCUCCUCAGAUGGGGUUUCUUCUGUUAACUUGUGAGCUAACUCAAGAGUACUGGCACCUGACCCCUCCCAGUCCCUGUAUCAGUGGUAAUAUUACUCACAGGGACUUUGUCUCCCACCGUAAUGUAAAUCAGUCGUUGAACUUGCUCCACUUUUAAGCUGCGAGCAUGUGGACUGCAUUUAUGCGGGGCGUUUCGUCUGGAGUCAAAUGGCGUCACUUUAUUUGGCAGUAAGUGGCAGUCGACACGUUUGAGAGGGGACUUCUCAUGCAUGGCGACUGGAGUAUAUGUAACGGGGGGACCCCUUUUCGAGCGAAGCAUCGCGUAUCUUGGGGACUUCACCUGGAACAGCGAGUCAGGACGUAGCGUUGGCCUGAAGCCCGUCCCUCUGCAAAGCCUUUCCGAGUUGGAGAGGGUUCGUCUCCAGGACGUGGCCUAUAAACGAUUGUUACAGGAUCGCAACCUUGGCUGCCACAUCACCAUCCCUAAAUAUGGCCACAAGAACAAGAAGUCACUUAGGCUGAAGUUGGAUUCAUUAUCUAAAGAGAAGAGUAAAGACAAAGAGACUAUACCCCAGGCGUUUGGCAUACCAUUGUCGCAGGUCAUAUCCAACGACCGCACACACAAGCAGCGGCAUGAUACCCCACGGGGGGAGCACAGCGACCCCACUGAGUUGAUGCUAUCCUUCCUCCACCUCACCUCCAACAUCAAAAGGGCCAACAAGGAGUUCUCCAGCAGUAACUCGUCCCUUAGCUCCACUUCUGAGACUCCUAAUGAAUCAACUCUGCCCGGCACUCCAGACUCAGGCCCACGGACACGCAGAAGGGGUGGAGUAUCUGUGGAUUGCAUCACUGACCUUGAUGACAACCAGUCUCGGCUUUUGGAGGCCCUCCAGCUGUCUCUGCCAGAAGAGGCAGCUGGCAACAGGAAGAAACACCAUGACAAAAAGCUCAGCCUUAACCCUAUUUACAAACAGGUGCCCAGGGUAGUGGAUCUCUGCUGCCAACACCUGGAAAAAUACGGCCUGCAGACGGUUGGAAUUUUCCGUGUUGGGAGUUCCAAGAAGAGAGUACGACAGCUUCGUGAGGAGUUUGACCAGGGAUGGGAGGUACAUUUGUAUGAGGAGCACAGUGUUCAUGAUGUAGCUGCAUUGCUAAAAGAGUUCCUCAGAGACAUGCCUGACCCACUGCUAACAAGAGAACUCUACACGGCCUUCAUCAGCACAAUGUUGCUGGAAUAUUCAGACCAAGAGAGCGCCAUCCAGCUCCUGAUAUUUUUGCUUCCUCCCUGUAACAGCGACACGCUGCAGCGCCUCCUCUGCUUGUUGUCCACAGUGGCUGCACAUGCCGAAGACAGUCUAGACAACGAGGGUCGUAAGAUCACAGGAAACAAGAUGACAUCACUCAAUUUAGCUACCAUCUUUGGACCCAACCUCUUACAUAAGCAGAAAAACUCAGACAAAGAGUUUGCCGUCCAGAGUUUUGCCCGUGCAGAGGAGAGCACAGCCAUCAUCGGCGUAGUCCAAAGGAUGAUCAAUACAUAUGAUACACUAUUUAUGGUUCCUGCUGACCUGCAGAAUGAGGUGCUGAUUAGUUUGCUAGAAACUGAUCCUGAUGUUGUGGAUUACUUACUGCGGAGGAAGGCCUCUCAGGACUCAGAACCAGACCUUAGAGCAGAAAAGUCCUCUCUGACUGAGAGACGCUUAUCCAAUGACUCCAUCAAAGCAUCUAGUGGAGAGGUGUCUCCCUAUGACAACAACUCCCCUGUCCUGUCAGAUCAACUGCUGUGUAAAUACCCAGAGGACAGCAGUCCAUUCUCAGACAUGACCCCCAGACAUUCUGGGCAGUAUAAACUCAGUGGCUAUUCUAAAGACGGAUCUGGCAGCACCUCUCCUACACCUUCUAUGGACAAAGAGGCCUCAACUGAUCAUUUCUGGGACACCUGGCAUGAACUGUUCAGCAAGGAUUUUACUGGCAAUCAUAUCACCGGCUCGCUUGGAGACAUGUCGGAAUGUGAGUCGUACGGAUCAUCAGAGGGGCUGAGCAGUCACCAAGGUAACAACAAGCUGCCCGUCAGGCCAAAACAAACCUCAUUGGGUGUGCUGGAAAUCAGGCCACACCUCCCAGUGACUCGCAGCAGCAGUGGACCUCAUGACCAAAGAGGACAGGGACAACCGCAAUCGUCAUUACAUCAGGGAUUGACUGGCCAAUCAGAAGCCGUCAGCUCGGACAACUUGGCACAAAGGACAGGACAGCCUGCAUGUCCAUUACUUAAGGUCAAGACGAAUAGUUUGUCUCCCCUUCAGUACUCUGGGCAACUGAGGGAGACUCACAUUUCUCACUCGAUGCCCUCCCUCUUCACGUAUCAGCCUGACACCCAAACCUCACAGCAGUCCCAGCAAAGCCCUGCCCUCCAGACUGUAGAUGCCUCUGGGCCUGGGCAGGAAAAAGGCCAUGGUACACCGAAUUGUCAGACGGAGAGAUGGCAUAUAUGGCAGAUACUAUCAAAAGAAAAUGCAGACGCCCUGCCUGAAACCUUGGUGUGAUGCUUCCUUUGACUGUACUAUACUGAUAACUUUAAGAGAAAGGGGUCAUUCAUCAUCAUCAGUCACACACACAAACUGUUUCUUAGAUGUGUUAUUAUUUUGCAAGGGGGUUUUAACUGUAUAAAUGUUGUUGAAUAUGUCAACAUAAUAUAAAAUGAUUGCUUUAUGGAAUUUUGAAUGUUUUUUAAUGUUGAAUGUAAAAAUAUAGAUACUGUUUGUGUUGUAAUAUUGCUUUAAAGUUGUAGUUCCUUGAUAUAUACUGCUACUACUUUAACACUGAGUUUUCUACUGUCUUAAGCGUGGAAAUGCUGCAGCCUAUGUGCGUAUUACCACCCAUGUCUUGAUUUCUUUCAUAAUAUGAUAUAAAUAUGUUUUGAAUAUGGGCUCUUACACUGUAUUAAGUGUAAUUUUAAUGAACUUUUCAGCACUCACUGCCUGUGUAUACAUGCUAUUUUUUGUAUUUAAGAAGCAGGAAUAAUGGUUAAGCAGCAUUAUUCACGGGGAUAUAUUUGUAAAUGUAAUGUACUUUGUAAUUUAAUGAGAAACAAUUAUACAUGCUUGUUGCCCUUCUUGUCUGAUACCUUUAAAUCCAAUGGAAAUCAAAUUGCACUCAAAGUUAUGUAUCAUUAGCCUCAGUAUGUGACUGGAGAUCAGUCAGACUGUCAUUAGUUAGUUAUAUCUUCAAAACUGUAGACAAUUUGUAAGUACUGGAAAAUGGCAGCCUGAAUUUUAAUUACUUUUGUGGUAUGACAUGAGACAACCUAAGCUAAAAACCUAAGAAGAGUCAAAUAAGUGAGGGCAUAGUGGCAUAGGUCAGGACAUGCAGUUAUGAGUAUAUUCUGUUCAAGUUAUACUUUGUUCAGAAGACCCCUCUCCACCUCCAGGCUAAAACAAGGACUAUAGACAAAUGUUUCUAUUGACAUGGGUGCCAUGUGGUUAUGGCAGGAGGUGGCACUUGUCAAACUUACUGAAUGUGACAAUGAUUUUGUAAUUGUGCAAAAAAAAAAAGUAGAUACAGCAAAAAUGUUUUUACAAGUUAGAUGUAUAUUACCAAGAAACAUGAAGCCCAUGAGCGUUACUGGAAUGUUAGUGUCUGUUGUCUCUCUCUGUCUAUGCUUUUAUUUGUAUUACAUUUGUAUUCAUCUUUGCACCUUAAGUGGGGCUAUUGUAUAAAUUAAUUAGAUCUUUUUAGGCCAUUUUUAGCAUUAUGUAAUGAUAUACAUCAUACAUUUGUAUCUAUACUCUUUAAAAGUGACAACAAAUGACAAAUUCAAAUAUGUUACCACCAGUGUAGAAAAUGAAUGUAAAAGUCAGUAGGGUGCACAUUGAACUCAAUUAUGGAACCAUUUUUCCUGGUGCCAGGUAAACAUCUAACUUGACCCUCUCCCCCAGGAGGUCAUUCAGGAAUCAGCAUGAAGUUAAAAGCAAAUGGAUACCUAAUUAUGGUGAGCAGUACAGAUUCUGCUGUCUAAAAUGUAGUUCAGAAGACAAUCAAACAGUUACCCAAAGUGACCAGAAGAGGGUAUCAUAAGACCAGGAAAUGGUGUUCCAUUUCCUUGCCUCCUCACUGCCUAAUCCUUGUGCAUUGUGGAGAUACAGUGAGUUUUAAUGACUCAUUACACUUUGAACAGCUAUUAGUUUCUUCCUAUUAGACUCCUUUUCUCACCAUGAUAGGAAAGAUAGUAAUUUCAUGUGUUAUGGAAGAUGGUUUGAAAAGAUCAAAAUUUGCACUCUAUCUUGUAUGCUACCCCUGAAGAGUACAUUUCUUUUUUCUGUUAAUGAAAAUAAGAGAUCUGAGCUCAGACAAUAACAGUAACAUUACCAUUAAAUAAACCUUUGAAGUACUGGAAUUGCAAGAGGUGCUCACAAUAAAUAUGCAAUUACGCAGGAAAUGGCUAACAUGGCAAUCUGGUACAAAUUACAGUUAGUUCAAAAAAAUAUAGAAAUGCAUAUUUGAGGAUACGACAGGAUUGUUAGUUGCCUUAAAGUGAUGAAAAUGAUUUAUUGGUGGAAUUGUGCAAUUUCAUAGAAUGUCUGUAUCAAAGUAAGUCGUCUGAUUAUGUUUUGACAAUAAACUUGUCAAGUAACCUUGUUAAGCCAA